AUGUUCUUCUCACUUCUCUUUCCCAGCAGAAAAGUCGACCCCAUAGUACCAGGAAACCAAACACAAUUCACUGAAUUCAUUCUCCUGCGAUUUUCUGAGAAACCAGAGCAUCAAGGGCCUCUCUUUGGCCUGUUCUUGGGCAUAUACUUGGUCGCAGUGGUUGGAAACCUGCUCAUAAUGUUGGCCAUUGGCUCUGAUUCUCACCUUCACACUCCUAUGUACUUCUUCCUUUCCAAUUUAUCCUUUGUGGAUCUCUGUGUGGUAUCUACCACAGUACCCAAUAUGUUGGUGAGCAUCUUGACCAAAAACAAGGCCAUCCCCUAUACAAACUGUCUUGUCCAGAUGUACUUCUUUAUAGUUUUUGCUGGUUUGGACAAUUUCCUCCUCACUGCAAUGGCCUAUGAUCGUUUUGUGGCUAUCUGUCAUCCUCUACAUUACACAGCUAUCAUGAAUCCUAGGUUGUGUAGCUUGCUGGUAUUCCUUUCCUGGAUAAUAAGCCUCCUAGAUUCCCUUCUUCAUAGUCUGAUGGUAACAAGGCUCUCCUUCUGUAAAGACCAUGAAAUGUCACACUUCUUUUGUGAUCUUGCUGAGGUUUUGAAACUCUCUUGUUCUGACACCUUUAUCAAUUAUAUCUUGAUAUAUAUUGUGGCUGGACUGCUGGGUAUUCUACCCCUCACAGGAAUUCUAUUCUCUUAUACGCAGAUCUGUUCUUCCAUUUUAAAAUUCCCAUCUGCUCAGGGUAAGUAUAAAGCCUUUUCAACUUGUGGAUCUCACCUCUCUGUUGUUUCUUUAUUCUAUGGCACAGGGUUUGGAGUGUAUUUGAGUUCCUCAGCUACUCACUCUUCCUGGAAGACCACAGUUGCCUCAGCAAUGUAUGCUGUUGUCACCCCCAUGUUGAAUCCCUUCAUCUAUACACUAAGGAAUAAAGACAUAAAAAAUGCCCUUAGGAAACUCAUUAGCAAAACAGCCUCUUCUCAGUGA